UUCGGGGCAGCGGCGAGGGAAAUAGUCGGUGCGCGAACAUAAAUAUGGCCUCGCGAUCAUUGCAAAGUCAUUCCCGAGUUGUGUCGCAGGCAUUCACCGCUAAAAGAAUGAUGGUCAAACUACUUGCCCUUCUUCUUGUACUCGGCCUCGUGGCGACUGUGGCCGCCCAAUUCGGCUACGGUGGUUAUGGCGGCAGAUAUCGCGGUUAUAGCCGCAUAUACGGAGGUUAUGGCCGCAGAUACGGGGGUUACGGCGGGUACGGCCGCCCGUACGGCGGUUAUGGACGCGGUUUUGGUUAUGGUAGAUAUUACGGGUAAACGCUAUUUAUUAUUGGAUUAAUAUUGACGAUGCCGAAAUCGUUCGAUGAAUCGAUUGUCUAAUUGGCUUUCCAACGAAUAUUACCAACGACAAGUUUUCUAUGUACAGUUGUAAAAUAAAUCUUUAUUACGUUUAAAUCUAUUUAGAAAGUAAUACGUGCUGUUCUUUUUUUUGUUUGCACGCGAGCGUAUGUGUGCACGCUAUAUUAUAAUACAAAUCUGAACAGAUUUAGGAAAAUCAGUUUCGCUCAGUGUAGACACAUUGGAUGUAUGUAUAUAGAUCGCACACAAAUCUAACAAACAGGACGGUUGUUUAGUCUUUUACUACUGAAGAUGUUCGUUCUUUAGAGCAUCACCGGUAAAAGCUUCGGGAUUCUUUU